UUUAUUUGAAUGAGCAACUUUUAAUUUCACUUUUCCAGUUAUCUCACUGGAGUUCCGCCUUUAGAGGGCGCUCGUGUAGCCGAAGCAACGAUACACAUCCAAGUCUAGGAGAAGAAAAGAAGUGAACGAGGGAAGGGAGAGGGAACUUAACAUAUGAAGUGGAACACAGCUGCUCAUUCUGCUCUAAAUCUGAUGUGUUUUUCAGACUGAGAAGUAAGCAGAAGAAAUUACUCCUGGAGAAAUUUCUGAUGUAAUAUUGUAAGGAUGGAGGAAGAACCCUGCAGAAUAAAAUAUGAAGAUAUAGAGGAACAAACAGACAUGAAAGUAAAUGAAGACAAACACCAUAAUUUCAUAAAUCAAGAUGGGAAACUGAUAUAUGAAAAUGAAGACAAAUAUCUGUUUCAAGAACUUCAUUUCAAAAAUGAAGAUGAAAAUGCAGUCGUUUUAAAGACUGAAGAGAAUUUCACUCAGAAACAAAAUGGAGUCAAAGGAUCAUUCGCCUGCUCUAAGUGUGGAAUGUUUUACAUGCAAAAAUUAGACCUUAAGAGACACAUGAGAAUUCACACUGGAGAAAAUCUGUUCACAUGCACUCAGUGUGGAAAAAGUUUCAGUCGCAAAGGAAACCUUAAUGAGCACAUGAGAAUUCAUUCUGGAGAAAAUCUGGUCACAUGCACUCAGUGUGGAAAAAGUUUCAGUCGCAAAGGAAACCUUAAUGAGCACAUGAGAAUUCAUUCUGGAGAAAAUCUGGUCACAUGCACUCAGUGUGGAAAGAGUUUCAGCCGCAAAGGAAACCUUAAUGAGCACAUGAGAAUUCACUCAGGAGAAAAAACGUUCUCAUGCACUCAGUGUGGAAAGAGUUUCACAUCUAAAAGCUUUCUCAACAAUCAUCAGCGCUCUCACUCUGGUGUGAGAUCAUUCAGCUGUGAUCAGUGUGAUAAAACAUUCGUUUUGGCAUCAAGCUUAAAAACACAUCUUAAAAUUCAUACUGGUGUAAAGCCUAAUUUUUGUUCUUAUUGUGGAAAAUGUUUUACAAGACUGCACAAUUUAAAAGAGCAUGAGCGUAUCCAUACUGGUGUGAGACCACAUGUUUGCUCUGACUGUGGGAAGAGCUUCGCUACAUCUGGCGCAAUAAAACAACACCAGAGAAUUCAUACUGGAGCGAAAUUUUAUGAGUGCUCACACUGUGGAAAGAGUUUCCGUCGGUCAGAAUCGUUGAAAAUUCAUGAGAGAGUUCAUACUGGAGAGAAACCGUAUGAGUGCUCACACUGUGGAAAGAGUUUCGCUCAGUCGGGAAACCUGAAAGAUCAUGAGAGAGUUCAUACUGGAGAGAAGCCGCACCAGUGCUCUUCAUGUGGGAAGAGUUUCACCAAUUUAUCUAAUAUGCGGACUCAUAUGAAAAAGCGUUGCCUGAAUUUGUCUAAUGAGCAAAUGUUUAUGAUCAGUUCCAUCACAUGCAAGUAAAUAAUUUGACAUUCAGAUUAAUCAAAAGCUGGAUAAUUUGCUAAAAUUAGUUGUUAAGUUUGAUUGUUUGACAAGGGGAACCUUUCAGGAAGGUCAAAACAAUAGUUUAGAAAACUGGUGUUGCCAUAAAAUAAUUUGUGAAGGGAUAUGAUUUAGGAAGGGAUGUGUUUUGUUUCUUUGUGGAGCUCAGUUAUUUUCAUUAACUAUGCACACAAGGCGUUUGUGUACAAGUGGCAACAAUAGUCUAUUAAAUCAUAAUCCAUAUUUCAAACAACUUGUUUUAGCUGCUUGGAUGUGAUGCAUUAAGAUAUCAAAGACUUUUUUGGGGAUUGAAAUCACGCGGCACAAUGCGAAUAUAUAAAUAUAAUGUAAUAAUAAUAUAAUAUAAUAAUAUAAUAAUAACUACCCAGUUGACGUGACGUGGCUUUUUCACCGUCACAGAAGAUAAAAAAUAAUUUAUUUCACAUUUUCAUCAUUUAGAAUACUGUAAAUGGUUAAGCAUUUUCUUGUUUUACAUGAAUUUAUUGUUUUAAUACCAGAGUUACUUUUUAUUUUUUUACAACUUUGAGCCAAAUCUCAAAAUCGUCCUAUGGUGUGACGGGAGACAAAUUUUUUUCAUAAAUAUUACCUUUAAUAAAUAAAGAAAAUAAUGUUUAAAAAUCUUAAUGGGCACUCCUGGCAUAAUUGUCUAUUUCACUAAGUGGCCAAUCAUUUUCCUAUACAUACAUUUCUAAAUGUAUGGGAAUUGCAUAAAGUUUGUCACAGAAAAAAAAUGUCCUUUGGUGUUACUUACGCAAUAACCUGAUAUUUUGUUGGGCAAUAUCAUGGACAACUACAUUUAGUAGAAAGACCCCAUUCAAGGUCAUGUGACUGAAGACCCCUAUGAAGCCCAUGAGCAGUGCACAUAGUAAUUAUUUCUCUCAGAAUUGCUCAAAUAUUUAACUAUGUUUUCAGACCACUGAAGUUGUUACGUUUUUUUUUUUGUCCUUUGGUGUAACGCCCCUAAAUCUAAUUUUUUUAUUUAAAUUUGUAUUUUUAACAGCAGGACUAUGUAAUAUUAUGCAAAUGUAUCAUGCCAAUUGCUAAUGACAGUUCAGCAAGCAUUACCACAGUUAUUAACAUGCCACAAAAAGCUCAAAUGUCCUAUGGUGUGACAUGAAAUGUCCUUCGGUGUGACACUUUGACCUGUGUCACACAAUAGGACAAGACCUCCUUAAGAAGCUAUUAAAACAAAUAGAUAAAGUUUGUUAACAUUCUUUUCAUUCUUUUUUUGACCAGUUUUGAUGAUCUUAAAUUCAAUAAUGACUUAAAUUUUAAUGUUUAUUGCCAUUUUUUUGGAGUGUUACUAAAAUAACUAUAAUGUAUAAUAUAACAACUAUAA